UACCACUGUGAGGAAGCAAGCGAGUGAGCGAGCCUGGAACCCUGGCAAGUUGCAAGCUUGCACCUGUUCUUCGCUUCCAAUCCCCACCCACCUCCUACAACGGUCUCUCAUCCCUAUUUGACCUGCAGGACAUUUCCGCUGUUAUACCCGCAGUACUAGCGCUUGGACCCGUCCAUUGCUGUCGACCCGUCGUCUCUCCCUCAUCCUCUUACAUUUCCAUUCAACUUGUCAGCUUCUUUCCACGAAGUUAUGUCUGCAUUGUGUGGUUGAGUCUGUUUUUCUACCUAGUAGUCUUGGCUUCUCUUGGGUUUCUCUCUCCUUGUUGUCUCGUCUACUUCCACAGCCAGCGCCCGGAGCGCCUUUUCUUCACGAUACAAACCACUCUUCUGGUCUUUUUCCUGCUGUCACUCUCUAAUUAAUUCCUUCCCCCUUGCGUACUGUUGCUGGACAUCUUCAUAUUUCAUACAAUACCAUUGUCACCAUGUCCAAGCUCUAUCAUGCCGUGCCCUCGGACGAGGAACGAAACAGCGUAGACGCAGAAAAGUCUAUGUUGACUUUCAGGCGGGAUAAGCGAUCUGUCGGCGGACUUUUGGAGAAAGCAAGGACACACUGGGCUUGGAUCGGACAUGCCAUCCUACUUUCAACAUCCCUCACGCUCUUCACAUUAUCAUUCUCCAACAGAGGGUCACAACUCACAGACCGUAUAGUCACCGAAAAGUAUUCAUCGUAUUCACCGGUUGCCCCAAUCGUCAAGUACGAAACGGUCCGAUACAACCUCACACCAAUUGUGGAAGGGCCAUAUGUUGGAUAUGGACCAGAGGUCGAGAAGGCCUGGGACCGCAUCACGCUGGACAUCGGCGACACGUGGAUGACCGAGGAGGAGGUUAAACGCCUGGGGCUUCCGCUGGACUCACUCAAGCUCAAGCACCCCAAGACCGGCAAGGUAGGCUACCGUGCGGCCGUGGAGGUCUUUCACCAGCUCCACUGCCUCAAUUUGAUCCGCCAGGCGGUCUACAAGGACUACUACAAGGACCUGACAGGUGAUGUGGGCGAGGCCGAGAGCAAGGAGGAUCUCACGGGGCAUGUCGACCACUGCAUAGAGACCUUGCGGAUGAAUCUCAUGUGCCAGAGUGACAUUGGCAUGUUCACUUUCCGACUAUAUCCCGAGUACGGCUACGCCGACGACGACUAUUGGCCCGACUUCAGCACACUGCACACGUGUAGGAACUUUGAGGAUAUCAGGCAAUGGGCCAUUGAUAACACGGCGGCCUGGGAUCACAAUGUAUGAUUGAUCUAUGGAGAUCGAGGCAGAUUGGCAAAUGAAUAAACAAGACAGAAGACCGAAACACUACAUGUUCCAGAGAAAGUCGUCAACGAAUUGCGAGGUACAGCUUUCCACCGCAUGAUCGAAGAAAAAGCUUAAUUGCGCUUAACUGUUUUGCUGC